AUGGAUUCCUCUGGGGCAAGAAGAGCUGACUUAAGAGCCAAGGCAAAAGCUAUGGCAGAGAAGCCUCGGGUUCUGCUUGCUGCUUGUGGAAGUGUUUGUGCAGUAAAAUUUGGAAAUGUUUGCCGUAGUUUUGCAGAAUGGGCAGUGGUGAAGGUAGUUCUCAUAAAAUCAGCUUUGCGUUUUAUUGAUGAACAAACACUUCCCCAGGAUGUAACUGUAUAUCGUGAUGAGAAAGAUUGGAGAACUUGGAAAAAGCUAGGUGAUCCUAUGCUUCACAUUGAGCUCUGUAAUUGGGCUGAAAUCAUGGUCAUUGCUCCAUUGUCAGCAAAUACUCUUAGCAAGGUAAUUAAUCAAACUUGA